AUGCAGUGGAUCUAUCCCCGAUCCAGGGAGCGCGAGAUGGCCUGGAAGGUUGGCGCUGGCGCCCUCGGCGGCGCUCUGCUCCUCUCCCCCUUCGCCAUGCUUAUCCUUGAGCCAAAGUCGCACUGGAGCAUGUUUGUGUGGAUUUGGGAUUUCUCGCAGAUCCUCGAGUCUGUCUGCAUCCUACCCCAGCUCCUCCUUUUGCGUCAGACUACCGUACCGACCGUUAUCGACUCGUUCUACCUUGUCGCCCUGGGCUCCUAUCGGGCUCUUUACCUUGUUGGAUGGAUUAGUCGGGAACUCGAUCUGUCGGACAAGCCCCCCAAUGCUGUUUCGGUCGUCUUCGGCAUCGUGCAGACAGCGCUCUAUGUCGACUUUGCUUGGGUCUACUACACGCGCCAACGGGUCAAGCUUCGCAAUGGUGGUGUUGUCGAUGCCGACGACCUCAACCGUGGCUGGUUCCUCCAUAGAAUCUUUGGCAAGCCCAGCAACCAAGACUAUGGCGAGGAAGAUGAGGAGAGUGCCCCUGCGCUUGGUCGUCACGAAAGCCGACGUGGUGGUAGCCGGUCCAAGUGGGGAGCGAGGGGCAUCUCCGUCAGUGCUGAUGAUGGUGUGCUAGAAGCUGAGCGCGGGGAGAGGGCAGAGUAUGAUGGCGGCAUCGUCGAUCCCGAUGCCAAGAUGCAAGACCCUGAUGAGCUUGCCAAGGUGCUCGACGACGACGACGAUGAUGAUACUCCCGCUGCCUCGUCGAGCGCCAGUCACAACAGCAACAAUCGAGGCGGAUCCCCAAGUGGAGUCCAGGGUGGCCAAGAGUGGCGGGACAACUGA